ACUUGAGCCUGACGUCACUUCCUGUUUCCUCUCUCGCUUCCAUCUUGCUCCCCGCAUGUGUCUGCUGUUAGUUUACAGGUCAGUUAGGAGCUUUAAACAUCUUCUUCCCUGCACAGUUUUGUCCCGGUCGACACCAAGAGAUGAAAGAAGCAGUUAUGAAUCAAGAAAAACUUGCUAAACUACAGGCACAAGUCCGCAUUGGCGGAAAGGGAAGUGCUCGCAGAAAGAAGAAGGUUGUACAUAGAACAGCAACAGCAGAUGACAAGAAGCUCCAGUUUUCUCUUAAAAAACUUGGAGUUAACAACAUUUCUGGUAUUGAAGAGGUUAAUAUGUUCACAAACCAAGGAACAGUAAUCCACUUCAAUAACCCCAAAGUACAGGCCUCACUUGCUGCCAACACCUUCACUAUCACUGGGCAUGCUGAGACCAAACAGCUGACAGAAAUGCUGCCUGGUAUUCUCAACCAGCUGGGAGCAGACAGCCUGACAAGUCUCAGGAGACUGGCAGAGGCUCUGCCUAAACAGGCUGGAGAUGGUAAAGCACCAAUUGCAACAGUAGAAGAGGAGGAUGAUGAUGUUCCAGAUUUGGUGGAGAAUUUUGAUGAAGCAUCAAAGAACGAGGCAAACUAGAGGCAACACAAUUCUUUGGAAACCAGACCUAACCAUACAGGGCACAGAGUAUCUCGAGGUGGAUGUAGGUUGUAUUAACCUUUUCAUAUUGUCUACCAACCUAACAAACGUGGUCUUGGUUAAAAUUGCAGUUUAACCCUGAAUAGAAUGUUUCAGUACCAAUUUUGUAUCACAAGAUUUAAACAUGCAUGGUGCUAUUGAUUGUCCUGUAAUAUUGUGCUCUUAUGCCGUAACUUGCUCCAUUGUAAAUCUGAUCCGUUACUGAAUCUUUUCUUUGUGGCCUCGCUCCAACCAUUAUCUGAAAAUAAACCUUUGCUACUGUC